AUGCGACCAUCGCUCAAGAGUGCAUUGUUCUCCGCUGCGGCUGGCGACAAGCAGUUGCAAUGUUGUGUGACCCAAAUUAUCAACGUCGUUGAAAAGUAUGCUGUGGAACAGCAACAGACCACAAUAUACUCUUGGGCGGCGAGCCGGUGUACCUUCCUCGAGUGUCUCCAGUCCCUGUUCAAGAAAAUCCGUCUAUCCGACAAGAGAUGCGAAUUUCUGCUGUACUUGAAACAGAACCAGUUUGCGCACAAGCUCGAGUUCUACACGAUAUGUCUGGAGCUAGGCGUGUACGACUGGAACCAGUGUUAUAGAGACACCCAGUUGGAUUUGCUGCGAGUUCUGCUGAUUGCCCUUGCUAACAGAACCAAGGAGGACGUUGAUUUGACGGCUAUGCAAGCGUACGUGCGGAACAGCGAAAGGAGGCGCGAGUCAAAGGUCGAGAGACGGGCGAUAUCAAAGAUCGAAGACUCGGACCUCGACGGCAUCAUUGAAUUGAAAACACUAGAGAUGCAUGUGAGGAAACUCGAGUUGGACGUGUGUAAAGAAUGUCAAUCGUAUUUCGUGGACGGGUUUAACGUGGACGCACAUCAGAAAAGGGGGGAACGUGUCAAGGCCGAGAUCACGCUCCUGGAGCGAUAUAUACACGAACAAGAGUGUGACUCUAGAAGUAGCAAGAUACGGCGACUGGGCUGA